UUUCUAUAGAAAAUUCUCUUUCUUGUCAUUGUUAGUUAUAGAUUCUCUCUCUCUCUCUCUCAAUUCCAUUCCCUCCUUUAUUCACGCCGCUUUCACUUCCACAAUCACACAUUUCUUUUUCCCUUUUUCUAAAACAAAAAAACAAAAGGCUUGACUCUUACUUCUUCUCCAUUCCAUCAGCAUCUUCCAUUUUUCAAUUACAUUAUCUCCAUUUGUUUCUGUCUCUUCACAGACCUCUGAGUGAGAGAGAAAAAUGUCUGAGCUGUGCUUGUCAAGCACUCCCAAGAAGACUAUCCAAGUUUCUUCUCUCCUACUCUCUGACUUGCAUCUGUUUUUUUCCUUCAUUCUCUCUCACCCUCUCUACUUCUUUUACUUCAUUUUCUUCUCCCCAUACCUUCUCAAGCUCCUCUCAUAUCUCUCUCCUCUGUUCGUCACCACUUCACUCCUCCUCCUUGGUUUCCUUACUGUCCAUGACAACUCAUCUCUCGAAUUAUCCGAAUCCAAAUUGGGCUUUUUGCUCCAAACAUACCAUGCUGUUAUGGAGAGAUUAAGGCCAAAGACAGACGAUGAAUACAACGAAUUUCAUUACUUUGAGGAGCUUGAAGCAUACAAAAUUGUGUUCGACACAUCGACAUUCUAUGCAAGAGAGAAGUCAGAUGAAGUUUUGGAUUUGGGAUCAGAAGAAAAUUGCUUCGAAGCUCUUGAAGCAUCUGUUUUUCAGAGUUCAAGCUACGAAAUCCCAGGUAUGAGUAUGUCUGAAGUGUUGGUUGACAAUUUGGAAGAGAAAACAGUGGAAAUUGCUUGGGAAGAGACUACUGAUCAACAAGCUAUCAUGGAAGAGAAGAGAUUAGAAGGGUUCUUAAAAGUUUUGGAUGAGUUUGAAAACAGGACUUAUAAUGUGGAAGAGAAAAAAGUUGAUAAAAUAAAGGAUGUCGAGGUUGAAUUUAGUAUUGAUAAUGGUGGAGAGGUCACUUCAAAAGUCGCAGCUAAGUCUGAAACAUUUGAUGCAUAUGUUGAUUGCAUAGAUAAUGGUGGAGAGUACACUUCAAAUUUCUUGGAAAGUCCAAGUUCGCGAACAUUGGAUUCUAAUCUUGGGAGCUAUGGGUCGAUGAGGAGAGAAAAAGAGUGGAAGAGGACGUUGGCGUGCAAGCUAUUUGAGGAGCGGCACAAUGUGGAUAGUGGUGGUGAGGGGAUGGAUUUGCUUUGGGAGACGUAUGAAGCAGAUUCGAGUAACAAAGCCAAGCCAAAAAUCAACUCCAAGAAGAAGAAGAACAAGAAGAGAAGUGACUCUGAAUGCUACGUGGACAACGAUGAUGAGGAAGAGGACAUGAAUGGCCAGUUGUGUUGCUUACAAGCUCUGAAGUUCUCUACAGGGAAGAUGAAUUUGGGAAUGGGGAGGCCUAACCUUAUGAAGAUCUCCAAGGCAAUCAAAGGCAUUGGAUGGUUGCACCAUGUGACCAAGCAUGGCAAAAAAGGGGAAAGAAGAGGAAAAUCACCUGGAAGUUGAUUCUGAUGAAGCAUCAAUGGGACUCUGAUUCACAUCAUGGUCUUCUGAUAGACAGAGAUAUCCUCGUUUCUUGAUUGGCGUGACAACAUUUUCUUGAUCAGUAGCGACAACUGUUGGGGAAGAAGAUGAUGAACUCUGUUCUUCUUCUGAGACAUCUUUUGCUUCUUCAAUAUCUGAGUUCUUCAUCUUUUUUCUUUCAUUAUCACUGAGACUUGUGAUAAUUUCUCUGCUUUCUGACAUUUUCUUGA